AUGGAGACUCUGGGAGCUUUUCCUGAUGAAGAAUUGGACUUCAGCAGAAUGUUUUCCACACAAGAUCAGCUUGACACCAUUCCACAUUUGCUUACUCAGUGUUCAUUUCCUCUUGAGAACGAUGGAGGAUUUCAGUUCACUAUUCCGUCAGCUUUUUCCUCAAAUCUUGAGGCCAAUUUGAACAUGGCUGGUGUUCAUGAGAGUCUGUUUUCUUCUUGGAGUACUCUCAACAACCCUGAUCUGAAUCUGUUUUCUCAGGAAAAUAGUAGCAGCAGUAAUUGUAGUAGUAGUGUUUUGAUUUCUUCUUCUCCCCAUGAAACCUACUUCUUUAGUGAUUCUAACCAACUUCAGUCAUCAAAUGAUGAUUCUAUGUCCAUGGAUUUUUAUAUCAUGGAUGAGAAAAAUUCAGGCUCUCUUGUCCCAGUGUUUCCUCAAUUUACAAUGUCAGAAGCUGUGUGUACAAAUGAAAAUAUGAGAAGUCCAAAGAUGGGGAAUUUAGAUGGUAUUCAGCCGGAAGCUAAUGCUGUUCCUGCCAAGGGAUUGCAGAAGAAAAGAAUAAGUAUGAUACCCCACUUCGACAAUUCCUAUAAUCAAAAUAAGGUACUCAUCAUCAUCAAUUUCAAAAUGCAGGUGCAAAAGAGCAACAAGAAUGUCAAGUCCAAGAAAAACCAGAAGUUCACUCCAAAAAGCAAUGAGGAAGAAGAGAGAAAUUCAAGCAGUUGCAGUUCAGAGGAGGAUGAUGCUUCUCAGGAUUCUAACAGAGGACCAUCUUCAGAUUCUAAAGUGUCUGAAGCUCAGAAAUCCAAUGGCAAGGCAAGAACUAGUAGAGGAUCUGCCACAGAUCCCCAGAGUCUUUAUGCAAGGAAAAGAAGAGAGAGGAUAAAUGAGAGAUUGAGAAUCUUACAGAAUCUUGUUCCUAAUGGAACAAAGGUUGAUAUCAGUACAAUGCUAGAGGAGGCAGUCCACUACGUAAAGUUCUUGCAGCUCCAGAUCAAGCUUUUGAGCUCUGAUGAUCUGUGGAUGUAUGCCCCUAUCGCUUACAAUGGAAUGGACAUUUCUAAGCUCAUAUGAUCUUGAAGGAAGCUGCCACAAACAAUAUAGAUGAAAUGAGAGUAAUGUAAUAAAAUCUAAUAUCUCUAGGGUUCAAUCCAGCACCAAAAGCUGAGGGGGAUAUUAGGAAAAGAGAAGAGUUAACUUUAAUAUCAUACGCCUGGAAAUUUUAUGAUCCAACAGUAUUAUUGUAUGAACAAUAGUUUUACUAUAGCAGGCUAUAAUAUAAUUAUAGUAGGUCUCAUGACUAUUGAUUUUAUUAUAAUCUGACUAACUUCUAAUCCAUUGUAUUAAAUAAUUUCUGUCAUUAAGAUUCAAACAUAAUAAAAAAAUAUAAACCUUCAUUAUUUUUAUAUAUUAUUCGCUUAUGUAUACUAAAGUAAUCUUGCCUAAUUUUUAAAUUACAAAGAAUUUCAAUGGCAUUUGUUCAUACUAAAAAAGAUUAUAGAGACUUUGGCUUUGUAGGGGCUUAUGCACUCCAUACCCACUUCACACAUCUUAAAAUUUACUAAAUGAAAAAUCUAAACGUGUAUUUGAAAUUUUAAAAUUUUAAUUUAAUUAAUUGAAUUUGAUUAACUUUUAUAUUUGUAACAUUUAAAAUCAGUAAAAUAAUUUAAAAAGUCAUUCUAAAACAAAUAAAUCCACUUUAAAUUAAAAUAAUUGUUUUAAAAAAAAUUUCAUGUGAAUAUUUUCUCCUAUUAAAAUCUCAAAAUAUUCCUAUUUAUCAGUAAAGGUGAAUUUUCAUAUGAAUAAUUCUCCUAUAAAAAAAAUUUUCAUAUGUAUGUUUAGUUAUCAGUAAAGGUAAUAUAUAACAAUAAAAUAGCAUUUAGUUUAUAUUUUUAAUAUUUCAAAUAAUAAAAUUUAAAUGAAUUUCUUCAUUUUAAAAUCUAUUUUAAAUACAAAUUUUGUAAAAGAAUCAUUUAAGUUAAAUUCU